AUGCGGCUGACGUCUCUCAAGGGUGUCUUUGUCGGCUCCGGCUCAGAGGGCCUGCAGCAGCCCGAGGUGGUGACAGAGAUCCUCUCUCUUGCCGGGAAGGCGCCCACGGAAUUGAACGUGCUCUACAUCGGGACUCCGACGUACGAAAAAGCACAGUCUCGCGAGAACCAGACCAAGCUCCUCGCCGCGGCGGGCUGCAGCGUGACUCACCUCAAGACGACGCUCGCGGGCGACUGCACCGCUGUCGAGAUGGAGGAGGCGUGCGCGGCGGCGAACAUCAUCGUCGUUUCGGGCGGCAACACGCUGUAUGGCAUCGACCGUUGGCGCGCGACCGGGCUCGACCGGCAGCUCAAGGCGGCAGGAGAGCGCGGCGCGCUGCUGUGCGGUGGAAGCGCUGGCGCGAUCUGCUGGUUCGACGGCGGGCACUCGGACUCUGGCGACCCGGACACCUACAUCAGCUCCGCCGCUGCCCCCGCCCCGGCCGGCGCCGACGAGGCGACGACGUUCGCAGAGGGCGGGGUGGCGGCGCAGUGGGAUUACGUGCGCUGCCCGGGCCUGGGCUUCCUGCCCGGAUUGUGCUGCCCUCACUUUGACAAGACGCAGUCCAACGGCGUGCUGCGCGCGCACGACUUUGACGAGAUGAUGCUGCGGCACCCAGGAGAGAGGGGCGUCUGCAUCGACCACUUCGCCGCGCUCAUCGUCGACGGAGCGCGCUACCGCGUCCUCUCGCUGCCCGGCAAGCCCGGCUCCGUCCUCGGGGGAGCCUUCAGCGAGGCGCGCGCGGGGUUGCCGGGCGUGUGGGUCAAGGAGGUGGCGGGGGGCGAGGUCAAGACGUGGCUUGCGCCGGCCGACGGCUCGCUGGACGAGCUGCUGCGCGAGCCAACGGCCGUGGUCGAGGACAGGAGGCUCGCAGCCAUCCGAGCCGCUAACCCGUCGCCAAAGGAGCUGUGA